CUACGAUCGCGGAGGGUCGGGUUUAAAAAAAAAAAACCUGUCCAAAGGAGCCUUGAAUUUUUUUGUGUUUUUGAUCGAUUCUUUCUUCUACAAACCUCUUUGCUGUGACCAUCUUCCAGCAUGGACAUCCGCAAUCUCAAGCGGCGGCGUCGUUCAAAAGCACCUGCAGGUCAGGCGGCUCCUGAUAACAACCUGAUCCCUCUGCCGAACUUACAAAUGUCGGCUUUCCAACCCUUUGCCACUCAGCAUCAUCCACCACCUCGACAUGUCUUGAGCCAAUUCUUAAAAUGCGCAGUGUGUCAAACCACAUUGAACGGCCCCAUCACUCUGUCUUGUGGGAAUUCGGUGUGUACCAGGUGCAUGCCUCCUUACAAGGAUUUAGCCUUUGUCUGUCCGGUAGCAAGCUGUGCACGGCCGUCCCAUGUUCUCCUACGAAAAGCCAAAAUCGAUGUGACGCUGAUCAAGUUAUUGGAUUUCACCCACGAGCAGCCACCCCCACCUGGCCCGGAAGAAAUAUAUAAUAUGCAACUUCGAAAGCGAAUCGAAGACACUUUAGAAUGCCCAAUCUGUGCCUGUUUGUUCCUUGAUCCAGUCACCACCCCAUGCGGUCAUACAAUGUGCCAACGUUGUUUAUUACGCACUCGAGAUAAUUCAGAAUUAUGUCCAACCUGUCGCACUCGUCUUCCUGCGUAUGCACUGCUGCAGACGCUAGCCAUUAGUGCGACAUUGUACCAAAUCCUUAUGCACCUUUAUCAUGAUGAAUACCAUCGAAAUGCCCACGACGUCGCUAGAGAAUCCAAUGAUGAUACCCAAUUACCCCUCUUUGUACAUAACUCCAUCACCUUUCCCACAUUACCUUGUGCUAUUCAUAUUUACGAACCCCGAUACAUGACUAUGUUAAGACGAUGUUUAUUACAGCCCCAGCGACGGUUCGGAAUUUGCUUUGUUCGAAGCCCAAAUCAAGAUAGCCAAGCUCCUUGUCUACCCAUGGGCACUAUGCUUGAAAUUCAGAAUGUGGCCAAUCUUGACGAUGAGCGAGCCAUUGUCGAAACCAUUGGCGCUUAUCGGUUCAAAGUGGUGUCUACCGAUCUCAAAGAUGGGUACUAUGUUGCUCGAUGGGAACAAAUCAAUGAUCUAAGCCCUGAAGAGCAAAGCUACCAAGAACGUAUGGAGAUCAUGACAGCUACGGCACGGAAAUUCAAAGCUAAAAAUAAAGCCAAAUCGAAUGCAUCCAUACCUGCACCAGGCAGCGGGCCUGCAUUUGGUCCAGCUAUGCUGAGCUUGGGUACCAUGAUUGUCACACAAGGUCAAGCAUGGGCAUCGAGAUCGCAAGGGUCCUCUUCUGCACAGCAACCGCUGGUCGAUGACAUGACCGAACUUGAAAUGCAAAGUACCGAGGACAUCAUUCAUGCUAUUCAACAAUUUAUUGACUCUUUUCGAAUUGCCAACUCUUCUUGGAUGCAACAGCAUACCGCUCGGUUUGGCCCUGCUCCUGAUUCUCCCAAUGCAUUUAUCUGGUGGGCCGCUAUGACCAUCCCUCUCGGUGAGCAAGAAAAAUAUAGACUCCUUCAAGUCAACACCACUCGAGAACGGGCCAAACUACUUAUGACUUGGAUCAACGCGCUUAAACAAAAGUGGUGGUUUCCAUCUUCAUGAUGUUUAGCUAGCGCAUGGCUUCCACAUCUUUGCCGAUGUGGUUUGUAUAAAUUGACUUGUAGCCUCUAUUCCCU